AUUUAAAAUAUACAUAAUAAUUAAUAAAUACUAUUAUAUCACUUUAAAAAAUAUAUAUUGAUUCGGGGGGUAUAAUGUCUCAGUCCAAGGGGGAAACAUCCAAAUACCAUUAAUUACACCUCAUAAGUUUUUACUUAUUAUAGUAAUAAUACAUAUAUAUAUUAUUAUUGUGUAAGUUAAUACCUUCUAAUAGUUGAUUUUGUUCUUCAACAACUGACUUCCCAACAUUCUUAUAAACGGAAUGUAGCUCACUGUCUUUAUCAACUGGGUCUGAAGUAUUAAAUUGCAUUAAUUGUUCUUCUUCUAAUUCAUCAGUGACUGUAUCAAAACUAGGUAAAAUCUCAUCAAUUUCUUGGAGAACCCGCCUUCUUUUGGUUGACUUACUCAAUUUAUUAUUCAUAUUAAGUGAAUAAAAAACUAUACAAAAAUUAUAAUAAUACUUACUAUAAAUUUACAACCGCGCGUCAUUCGAGAUAUUGACGGGUUGUACAGAUUAGGUGUACGUACUACGUGUACUCGUGAAUAUUAUCAUAUUCAAUAUUACGGCAUUGCGCUAUGGCAGUUGCCAGUUAUCGAUGUACCUAACCUAACAAUUGUAUUAUUGUUUGAAUAUAAUAGUAUAAUUCUGUUAUAAUAUAAUUCUGUAUAAUACCAUAAUAAUAUAAGCAUUGAAGAAUAAGGAAGCGACAAUAAUUGAUCAGUUUAUCGGGUUUAUAUUUACCAUAGACCUUAUACUAAGUAUAACUAACUACCUUAGUAUAAGGUCUAUGAUAUUUACCAACAAUUUUAUGAUGUUAUAGACCCUUCUUUACGAGUAUUCAGAUAUAAUUAUAUAAAGUCUAUGGUAAUAAUAAUCAUAGACAAGUAUAUAAAAUAUAAUAAUAAUAAUAAUAUUAUUAUUAUAACAGUUAGCAGCUGAUAUUCAGAAUAAUAAAUAUAAAUACGAUAUCGGAACGUCCCGCCACCGGGUGACCAGUAAAAAUAAUUCUAAUUUCUAAUGUUAUACGCUGAGCCGGCAGUCGCUCAGGGAAUUCCAAAUUCGUUAUCGACAAUUAAUCGUUUGAACUAUAAUGAAAAAUCGCAACGGCGAAAUCGACGUUGACGCGUUGUACUAUAUUGUUAUCUUAGCUAAUAUAACCUUAAUUUAUUGUUCCUCGACCAUCGUAUUCGAGUGUUGUAUACUAUUUCUCCGUUUUUAGUUUUUACUUUUUAGUGUUCACCUAGUGAAAAGUGAGUGCUGACUCGCAGUUUUUGGCUUUUUGAAAAUAUAUUAUAUCUAGGUACCUACGCCGCCAGUAUCUUUAAUCUUGUUUAGUUGUUUACAAGAUUUUUUUUUUGUAUAAUUUAUAAAUAAAAUAGUUGCACCCACUGCCAAACAGCAUUUUCACUGGUUUUGUAAGUACCUAUACAAUAUACACCUACAAUAAAAUAAUAAUUUUAUAUUUCACAAUAUUAUAAUAUGGUUCCAGAUUUUAUUCAAAAUAUUUUAACAAAAAUAAUUUUGUAUUAUUAAUUAUAUACUUUCAAACCUUUAACCUACCAUUAUGUGGUUAGUAGUUAAUUUUUCAUUGGACGACACAGUGGAAGUGGUUCCUCAAAAAUGGUUGAAUAUUAGAAGAGGGGUUUGUGCAUGGCCAAAAUGUACUAAAAAAAUGGAUGUCGAAAAGGCAAUAAAAAAUAAAAUAAAUGCAAAUAAAAAUGAAUUUUAUUUUUUUGAAGCUCGUGCUUUGUCCAGUGUAAUUGACAGUUAUAAAAAAGCUAUCAGAAAAUGCAACAUUGCAAAAUCUAAAUCUGAUCUGUCGUCGAGUGCUGAAGAACCUGCAUUUAAAAAGAAAAUGCGAAAACAACGAAAAGCAUCAAUUUCUGAGUCAAAUUCUGAUGGGGAAAUUUCCGAUACAUCACUUAUAGCUGAUAGUUUACCAUCAUGUUCAACAGAUGAUGAACUUGACAUUAGAAAAACAAUUCAAGAAUCUUCUAAAAAUAGUAGUAAAUGUGAAGAUAUGGCUGAGAAAAAAACGAUAAAUGGAUGGUCCCCUUUAAAAACUUCUGUUGACUCUUCAUUUGUAACACCUGCAUCUAUACAUGGUUUAGUAAAUAAUGAAAUGACUGACUCAUCUGAACUAAUCGACAACAUUGGUUUUACGUCUGAUAAAACUUUGACUACCAGCACAGCAGCUAAAGACAACUCCCAUUCAUCAUCUGUUAACCGAAGAUUAAUAUAUUCAGAAUUGGAUACUUCUCAAACUACAAAUAAGAGCCCAAUUAUAUCAUCUGCAAAAACUUCAUUAUUUGAUGACAGUUCAGUUCAGUUCAGUUCAGUUUCAAUAGUAAAUAGCCCAUCUAUGAAGAUAAAAACUGUUAAAAAAGAUGAUCAGUAUACAAAAUUACUUAACUAUAUUAUAACAAUGAAGUACGAAAUACGUUCAGUUCAUGAGAAAUUAGACAUACUGAUACAAAGCAGUGAAGAUUAUUCGAUGACGAAGACAAGAGAACCAGGCGUUUAUGAUACAUUAUGUGUUAUAGAUAGUAGAUUACCUAUCGAAAAUGAAGAAAAACUAGAAACAUUUGAAAAUAUUUUAUUGAAUGAUAAAUGUUUUCGUAAUCAGUUGGUUCUACGUUUAUCAUCGGUUGGUGGGAAGUCCAUUAAAUGUAUGGUAAAACGAAUUAUGACUUUGCUAUUUACACCCGAAAUAUUAUGUAAAUUUUCUUAUAAUGGCCGCGGAAAUAAAAAACGAGCUUUUGAAAAGUUGCUAGUUAAAAAUGUUAUAUUUGAUUCCAUAAAAAACAUAAAAAAAUUUGCCUUGUCUGACAAUUCAUCCAAUGAAAUAGAGCAAGUAAUUAAAUAUGUUCUAAUUCAGACUCCAUUCAAAAUAAAAAAUAAAACAAGUGGUUGAUUUUUUUUUUUAAAUGUUGGUUUUAUUGUUA